AUGCGGUCACACACAAGGUCCAGGAGUAGACAGAGAUCGCCUGCUGAACGUCGUAGACGUUCAAGAUCUCGCGAUAAGAGCGACAGACGUAGGCGCUCAAGAUCUGGAUCUUCCAAAAGAAAGAUUCACAACAGCGACACAAAUCACAGAAGAUCCAGAAGUAGAUCCAAUAGUCGAAGACGUGAACGAAGUAGAGACCGAACUCGCCAAAGAAGUCCGAAAAGGGCAAGCAGUUAUGAUAGAAAGCGACGUGAUUCUAGUUUCUCGGAAAAUAACGACGGUCACCAUACCAGCAGCAGGAAAUCUCCCACAAAACCAACAGAACGUUGGCCUAACGAUAAGUACCGUGAAAACAAUAGGGAUAGAUCUAAUAAUCCAUUUAGAGGACAACCUUCGGUUAGUGUGCCCCACGAAGAAAGACCUCGUCACGGAUUUGGCCAAAAAUCGAACUUUAAACGGGAUCCCAAAUAUUUACAACAACGACGAGAAGAACGUGAAAAUAUUGGCGUCAAAGGUGCCGAGGAGGUUUGGGGCAAAAGCCCUGCUCACCCGGAAAAAUAUUCCGACGAUGAAGAUGACGAGGUUCAAUUAUUAGAACACACAUAUCAAGGACCGAAGAAGAAAAAGUCCAAGAAAGGUAAAAAGAAAUCUUCCAAAUCCAAAAAGUCGAAGAAAAAGAAGUCCAAAAAGAGGAAGAAGUCCAAAAUGAAGAAGAAACAUAUAUCGUCAUCAUCUGAAUCCUCUUCGGACGAUUCAUCUUCUUCUUCAUCUAGCGAUAGUUCCAGUGAAUCGUCAGACAGUGAUUCGUCGUCCAGCGAUAGUGAAGAAGAAGUUUGGAUAGAAAAGACUGCCGAUUCCGUGAAGAAGUUAAAAGCGUCCAAGAAAAAGAAGAAGAAAACAAAGAAACAUAAGAAAACUUCCAAAGAAUCGGAAACAAAGAACGAAGCUAAACCAAGUUCAAAGACGCAGCCUAAAACAGAUGUUAGUGAGGAGGAAGACUUCGGACCUACAUUGCGUCACACAGGAAGUCUUAAUCAGAAAGAUUUUGGCCGGGCAUUGCUACCGGGUGAAGGUGCUGCCAUGGCUGCAUAUAUUGCCGAAGGUAAACGUAUACCUCGGCGUGGUGAAAUCGGUCUAACUUCUGAGGAAAUCGCCAAUUUUGAAUCGGUAGGAUAUGUGAUGAGUGGCAGUCGCCAUCGUCGCAUGGAAGCCGUACGUAUUCGUAAAGAAAAUCAAAUUUAUUCCGCUGACGAAAAGCGGGCAUUGGCCAUGUUUAGCAAAGAAGAACGUCAGAAGCGUGAAAACAAAAUUUUGGCUCAGUUUAAGGAUAUGAUCAACUCAAAAUUACAUGCUAAGGACAAAAAAUAAUU